AUGCCCUUGAAUCGCCCAUCUAUGCAUCGCCCAGCCGACACCCGAGCAAACCAGCCUUUGCUCAAGGAUGACCACAGAGGGCGACUGUCAAACGCCAGCCUGGGCCAUGGGGAGGCAGAGGGCAGGCCCAUGCUACACCAUUCGCGGCGGCCUACAAUUAGGGGUGUGAGCCCGGAGCGCAACGCGGAGCAGGAGACUCGGCGCAAGUACAUGAUCGCGUCGGGAUUCCUGUUGUUGAGUCUGGCUAGUUUCGUGGUGCAGACGGAGACCGCGGUAUAUAUUCAGCAUGAGUUGCACUGGGAUAAACCAUACUGUAUGCUCUAUCUUACACACGGUUCCUGGUCCCUACUUUGGCCGGCACAACUCCUCAUCCUCCGAUUGCAGCAGCGUAAACUCUCAUGGACAGCGUUCUGGCGACGCCAUGUCUAUCUUCUUCGGACGACAGCCAAGAUGGUGGAAGCUCAAUAUCUACACCUCACUUCUCGCGACUCCCAACGAUCACCGGUUCGAUACAUGCUCAAAACGACCGCCUUUGUCACCACCGCCCUCACCAUAGCCGGUGGCUCUUGGUAUGUCGCGGUCAACAUGACAACGGCCAGUGACUUGACCGCGAUCUACAACUGCUCCGCCUUCUUCGCCUAUGCGUUCUCCAUACCCCUACUCAACGACAAGCUUCGCUUUGACAAAGUGUUUGCCGUCGUGGUAGCGAUUGUCGGCGUUCUGGUCGUCGCGUAUGGAGAUAGGGACGAAAGUAAGAAGACUGCAGAUGGUACGGUCGGCAAAGCGCAUGACGAGGCAGAAAAUAGACUCUUCGGGAACAUCAUUAUCGGAGUUGGCAGUGUGCUCUAUGGGUUGUACGAGGUGCUCUACAAGAGAUAUGCUUGCCCUCCAGAGGGCACGAGUCCCGGCCGGAGCAUGAUCUUUGCCAACACUUUUGGCAGUCUCAUUGGGUGUUUCACCCUUCUUGUUCUCUGGAUUCCUCUGCCCAUUCUCCAUAUCCUGGGCUUGGAAACGUUUCGCUGGCCUACUGGUGAAGCUGCAUGGAUGCUUAUGAUCUCUGUCCUUGCUAAUGCUACAUUCUCCGGCUCCUUCCUGGUUCUCAUCUCGCUCACUUCCCCCGUCCUCUCUUCUGUAGCAGCGCUGCUUACCAUCUUCCUCGUCGCCAUCGCCGACUGGCUCCGAACCGGCCAGCCACCCUCCGCCGCGGCUAUCAUCGGCGGUAUCCUUAUCAUUGGUGCCUUCUUCCUGCUAAGUUGGAGCACAUACCGAGAAAUGAACGAAGAGCGCAAGAAGAGCAUGGCAAAUGACCAGUCCGAGUCCGACCUCGAUGAAUAG